AUGGAGCCAAACCUUGAAGAAAUUUGUUCUACCGCUCUUGAGAGAGCUCAAGCCGAGCUUCUUGACUUAAUCUUAUCUUAUAGAAUUUAUAACGUUUAACGUCCACUACGGGGUGACAACCCCAGGUACUGUCACUCGCCUUCGUCGCAUCGGGCCCACAGGUCGCUGGGGAUGGCCUGCUUCGAUCACCAUGGUGCUUCUUGGGAAAGUGUUCCGGCUUCGACGGCUCAUGGAUGAGCUACUUGCUUGAUACAUGGGUUGCUUUUUCCGAAAAAACUCAAAAAAUGGAUUUUUCUGGUCAGCUGUCGGCAAAAGGGAAAAACACGUAGCCUGGGACGUAACACCCAGUUUCACGCUAGGGAGUUGCCCGAUUGGUCCUAACGGACUCUGCUGAGCUUCCCCUUUCCAACUCCGCGUUCUCCUUCCCCACGAGGAAAAAUCCACCCCUGAGAUUAGACUAGGACUAGGCUCUGAUCACCACCAGAAUUGCUUACCUAGUAUUGCCGUCCAUCUCUAGAAUGGUAAAACCUUGCCGGAUAUAAUUAAAUAUGAGUCGAGGCUGCAUGACCGGGAGGCCAUGCCCAGACGAAGACGCCAUAUUUAAUUAUCCUUCUUGACUUAAUCAACAACCCUCAAAGACGCUGGGAAUCAUACAAAGAAAAACUAGGUCUCAUACGCCAAAGGACAGUCACAGACACAGGAGCCUUUAUUGUUAAAUCUUCAGGCACAAUUAAUAAAUCAGGACAAAUUGUAUAUGAUACCAUGUGGGAUGACACAAAUAAGCUUCAAUGGAAUCCAAGGUGCAAGGAAUCAAAAAUUCUCCAUGAGUUUGACUCACGGAUAAAAAUAAUUUAUAAUAGUUUCAAGUCGCCGUGGCCUGUAACCAACAGAGAUUUUGUAUUUGCAGCAAAGUCCGUUAGUCUAGGGGAUGAUGCUUUGAUAGUUUUAAUAAGCAUCACCACUGCAUUGUGUCCUGAAAAAAAGGGUUUUGUAAGGGGCGAAAUGAAAAGCUCAGGAUACCUAGUACACCCCGUGGACGAAAAUUCAUGUGUGUUGACCUCUAUCAUAAGCACAGAUCCAAAAGGGUCAAUUCCACAGUCAGUCGUUAAUAAAGUGCAGGAAGAACAGACUUUAGCUGUGCAUAAAAUAGGAGAAUUUGUUGGAGGAAGAUAA